AUGUCGCUGUCGCCGGCGGACGGUGCGGCGUACUGGCUGCGGUGGGAGGUCCUCGUCUGCGGCGCGCUCAUCGCGCUCCCCACGGCGGCCGCGGCGGCGCUGCUGCCGCGGCUGCGGAGGGCAGCGCCGCCCCUGCGCGCGGCCGACCUCUGGGUCCCCUGCUGGGCGCGCCUCCACCCGGGCUGGCUUCUCGCCUACCGCGCCGUCGCGCUCGCCGCCGCCGUCGCGCUCCUCGCGCGCCUCCUCGUCGCGAAGGGCCUCGCCGUCUUCUACUUCUACACCCAGUGGACAUUUCUAUUAGUCACCAUAUAUUUUGCGUUUGCCACAGCUAUAUCAGCCCAUGGAUGUUGGGUUUACUCAAGGAAAAGUUUGAGGAAAGCUGAUGAAUCCCAUGGAUUUCUUAAUGCUGACGUCGAAAAUCUUGAUGUUUCCAAUUCCAUUUCUGGAGAGAGGAAAAAAGAUGAGACAAAUAUGAUGGUGAGCUAUUAUGAACAAAUAGUGAAUGAGAGAAGAGCUGGGUUCUGGGGCCGGUGCAUGCAAAUCAUAUACCAGACUAGCGCAGGUGCAACAAUGUUGACUGAUGUCACAUUUUGGGGGCUUCUUGUGCCAUUCUUCUACCGUGACAAGUUUGGGUUAGCGUUGGUCACUGAUGGCAUGCACUCCCUAAAUGCUGUUUUUCUACUUAUAGACACAGUUCUCAACAAUAUGCCUUUUCCCUGGUACCGAAUGGCUUUCUUUGUUUUCUGGAGCUGCGCCUAUGUAACAUUCCAGUGGGUCCUUCAUGCUUGUGGAGGCUUAUCCUGGUGGCCGUACCCAUUUCUGGACCUUUCAUCAUCUGGAGCUCCUCUAUGGUACUGGCAUCGACCUCCUCAUUUCAUCCUUCACUCUCUGUCAUCCGGGAAACCUUACAGCAAUCUGAAUUUGGUGCAGUUCAUGAUUAUCCUCGCCCCAGAUAGCGAAGCAUACAUGCGAGAGAAAGAUCAUGGGAUGGAUAGAUAG